AUGUCUCUAUACGUGGACGUGCACGACUCAAUGCAGAAUGAGCGCCUUCACAUCAGAGCAACCAAUCUCGCACCAAACGGCAUCUACAAACUCGUGCUAAGGCUCAAACACAAAUUCGGGACUCACAUGUCCUAUGCGGUCUUCAAAGCAGACUCGGCCGGUGAGAUAGACCUUCCGACAGCGACACCGCUGAGAGGAUCCUACAGCGAAGCUGAUCCGAUGGGACUCUUCAUGAGCGUCGAGCCAUGCGAGGAUUUUCCAUUUGGUAUUCUAUUUAAGAUGCACUCCACCGCUACCGUUUGUCUACAAUUUGAUCAGAUAUUUUCAAACCCCAUACGGUUGACCACCGCUGCAAAGCAUCUAAAGAAAGCUGCA